CCAGCCCAGCGAGGCGCGUUGUUCAGAAGAGUUUGUAACUCUAGACAAGGACUGGUAGGGUUGGCGAGUGGACGCGGGGCAAGCAUGGGUUGCAGACACAGCAAGAGGAAAAACAAAGCGAAAGUGGUGGAGAAAACGGUGGAGGAGCUCAACAACCAUCAAGAUGGUGGAGGUAAAGUCCCUCUGGAGGAGCUGAACGUGGGUCUAGAAACAGAGAAGCAGCCGGGUCAGUAUGCGUGGCAGCUGAAGAUCCUACGGGAGGUGCUGUCUGCCUCUGGGACCCAGGAGAGGGAGGAGCUACUAAAAGAGCCAACCCAAGGAGAGCUCUGUUCCCUGGUCCACAACAUCACUGAGAAGGUGAAGACAGAGACGGCUGCUGACCUGACUGUUCUACAUGGGGAGGCGAGCCAGAGGACCACAGAGCAGCACGAGAGACAGCUGGAAGAACUGCAGGGGAUUCACAGUGAAGAGACGACACGGCUAACAGCCACCCACCAGGCAGCUGAGAAAGUGUUGAAGGACGAGGUAGAAGAGCUGACUGCAGAGCUCCAUGUGUACAACGAGUUAAAGAAGAGAGUUGAGGAGUCUACCUUCAAGAAGGACCUGCAGCGGAACAUUCAGUCCCAUGGCAGUCCUGGGCCGUUCUGGGAGCGGGAGCAAGAGAGUCUGCUGUUUGUCAUUGAGAUGAAGAGUGAGCGUAUUCAGGAGCAGGGGAACAGACUGCUCCAGAUGCAGUCUCUGGUGGAGAAGAAUCUCUCUCUAGAAGACCAGGUCAUAAAUGUUCUACAGCAGAAUGAGGACCUGAGGGUUCGGAUCGACAACUAUCAAAGCCUUGUACAGCAGCUCUCCAAGGAGCACCAGGACCUCCAGGGGGCGUUAGACAGGCAGACAGGUCUCAGUCAGAGGCUCACCCAGGAGAAAGAGCAACUCGUGUUUAAACUGAAGCACAGAGACUCCUGUCCUACCUUCCCUUCCUUCCCCAUAGUGUCUGAGGUCUUCCCCAGCUGAUCCACCCGUGUUUAAACUGAAGCACAGAGACUCCUGUCCUUCCUUACCCAUAGUGUCUGAGGUCUUCCCCAGCUGAUCCACCCAUGUUUAAACUGAAGCACAGAGACUCGUGUCCUUCCUUACCCAUAGUAUCUGAUCCACCCAGACCGAACAGGGCAAUCAGUGACCUUUCUCUUAAUCCUGUCUAGGGUUGCAAGCAUGGAGCCUGAAUCCAGAAACUUUCCCCAAAUUCUGAAAGUAUUUUUUUCAGAAAUCCCUGCUUGGUGGAUUCCAAGAAUCAGGAAGGAAUACGUAAGGAGGGAUUCCUCCAACCUGAAAUACUUACUUUCUGAAAAAGCAGGGGAUUUUGGGAAUGUUUUGGGACUUACUUUUGCAACCCUAAUCCUACUUUUGACAACCAAAGUCCAGGUAUCUUUACAAAGGGCUAUAGUCACAUGUUUGAUGGAACAUGAUGCCAAAUUAAUGUUUUUUUAUUUGUGUUAUUGUCCAGUUUUAUACCUGCUGUGCCUUUAAAGUACCUAAUAUUUCUAUAGCAGUAUGGUGUUCAUACAACAGGACUGUUUUUUAGGGGGUGGGCAUAGCCACGGGCUGUUGGACUUAACUGACACCAGCUGUUCAACUGAGAUUCUUAUUCAACUGACAUUCUCACAGUUGUGUUACUGUUCAACUGAGAAUAUUCUAGGUGAACGUGACAGUGUUCACGUUGAUGGUUUAACUUGCAGAUGUUCAAUCGUGUGGUACAUAGCUAGUAGCUACAAAGUGUUUUGGAUCUACCUUCCUCCUGAGAAAACUAUUACGUCUGUCAAAAAAGGUUUUACGUCACUCGAUAUGGAAUAAACGUUACAGAAUAUAAUGCAGUAAUACAAUUUAAACAGUUGCUAAAGGCAACUGCUUUUGUAUUGGGAUGUGUUUAACCUUUUUGUUUCAUAGAGUAUGGAAAUAGAUUGUUAUUAACUUCUAAAGAACCAAAAGCAUUUCUGUGUUUUUAUUUUUAUAUAUUUUUUCUUCUGAUGCACUAGCACUUUUAAUCAGUAUUUUUACUAGUACUAAAUGUGAGAGGUCGUUGAAGUAGUUUUUUUGUUACUCUUGCGUUUACUCCUUUUGUUUUACAUUUUUGUUUGUUUACAUUUACAUUUUAAUCA